AUGUAUAGAUUAUUGGAUGUAACCAAUAACAAUGGCACAAGAUUUGUAAGCCUUGUUUUUGAGUAUCUUGAUUGUAAUCUUUCUCAAUACAUUAAAGAGAAUCAACGCUAUGGUUCAUGUUCAUCUUUUAAUGAUCCCAUCAAUAUAAAGAGUUUUAUGUAUCAGAUUCUGUCUGCAGUGGAAUAUUGCCAUUGUCAUGAGAUUAUUCACAGAGAUUUGAAACCAACAAAUCUUCUAAUCGAUCGUUCUGAAAAGAUAAUCAAAUUGGCUGAUUUUGGUUUGGCUAGAGAGUUAGGAGAUCCUGACAUGAUGUAUACUAGGAAGGUAGCAACUUUGUGUUAUAGAGCACCUGAAAUAUUGUUUGGAUGUGGUAAAUAUUCAACUCCAAUUGAUAUUUGGUCAGUGGGCUGUAUAUUUGGUGAGAUGUUACUUGAAAAACCAUUACUCGAAGGAAAAUAUUGGAUGGAUGAAUUAGAAAUGUUUUUCAGUAUGUUCGGUACCCCAACAGAGGAAACGUGGCCUGGGAUCACUAAAUUGUGUACUAACAUUACAACCUAUCCCAAAUAUGAACCAGUGGACCUAUCAACAAUGUUUUAUGAUCUUGAUCCAACUGGUCUUAAUCUUCUAACGACAAUGCUUUGCCUAGACCCAAACAAGAGGAUUACUGCCGAAGCUGCUCUAAAGCAUGCUUAUUUUAAAGGCUUGGUCUUGCAUCCGGUUAUUAAAGGAAAAUAGAAGUCUUGAUCAACCAAAGCCAAAGUGCCAAACAAGUGGGGAAAUUUUGUUUUCCUUCCUAUUAGAGUAUACUUAUUGUAUACACAUUAGUAUAGCCUCAAUCUCAAUGUAUAAAUAUUGUAUCUAUGAGCUAGGAAGUUAGUUAGGCUCAGUGCUGAUGUGGUAGAGUUAGUUAGGCAGUGCUGAUGUGGCACUUUCAGUUAGUUAGAGGGAAGAAGUUCUAUAUUUAGGAACCUUUGACCAUUAUAACUGAAUCAAGUUUGUAUCAAUUUCGUCAAUGAAAGAAACACUCAAUAUUCAGUUUAAGGAUUUCUAACAUGGUAUCAAAGAGCUUCUAGGCUCAUUUUUUCGCUUA